AGAGAGAGAGAGAGAGAGAGAUUGAAGUGUUAUGCUGUGAAGUGGCUAUUAGGUACUCGAAAGGUUCAAAGUGAUUUCGAUUUGGUUCUCGAUUAGACUGAUCACUUUUUCUCGUAUUACUUUUGCUUCCAAGUGAGAUUAAGAUAUCCGCUUAUUAGAUUGAGAUUUUUGAUUGUGAUUAGUUGAUUUGAUGAUGAAAAAAUGAUCGAGAUUUUAAGUUCUAAUUAUCCGCCAUCAUCAUCAUCGACAAUUUUUUCUUCUUCAACUGAACUGAAUUGUUUCAAUUCUAAUCAAGUUAAUUAUUCGUCUCUUCAUCAUCCCAAUCAUUUGAUUGCUUCAAGUGAGUUAAUUGUUUCAACUGAAAGUUUAUCUCAACAAUCAUCUGGUAAUUUAUCAACAUAUAUUGAAAUUGGAAAUCGCUUACAAUCAACAUCAUCAUCAACAGUUUCAAGUUGCCCAACAAUUGACUCUGGUUAUCAACAAUCAGUUAAUUGUCUUCCUGAUUCAACUUGCUCGGAAUAUUCAACUUCAUUACAAUCAUCAGUUGAUUACAAUAAUCACAAUGAUUCCACAUUAUCAUCAUCAUCUUCUUGUGCCUCCUUAAUUGAAUCACCAUUAGAUCAAAGUGACGAUUCUAAUCAAAGCUCAAUCAAUUAUGAACCAUCAAUUAAACAAUUUAAAUCGUCAGCUAAUCAUCAUCAUCGACGAUUUCGUAAAAAACACCGAGGUGCUCAUCAUCAAAUUCACCAACGACAAGCGGCUAAUUUAAGGGAAAGAAGGAGAAUGCAAUCAAUUAACGAUGCGUUCGAGAGUCUUCGAGCUCAUAUACCAACAUUACCAUAUGAAAAGCGUUUAUCCAAAGUGGACACACUUAAAUUGGCCAUUGGUUACAUUGAUUUUCUAAGUGAACUAAUAUCGACCGGACGUAACCCCAAUGACCCCUUACAAUCAACAUAUCAACCAGCACAAGUUAAGAAAAUAAUUAUUCAUUGUCAGAAAGUUCCUUAUGGUUUACAAUUAGCUGGACAUUCACUAUCAUGGACUUACGAGAAAGGGUCACCAAGGGUCAACGGAAGUGUCAUGAUCGCCAAAAUAUGGAGACCGGAAGAUCCGAGAGGUUUUGGGGAAUCAACAAUUAAGGAGAUUGAUGAUGAACAUGAUCAACAACAAUCAACGAUAAUUAAUGAUAAUAAUAUUGAAAAUUGUCUAACAAAUUGUUACCCUUGUAGUAACAAUAAUCACCAAUCAAAGUGACCACAAUUAAUCAAUCUAAUUGUACAGUUAAGAAAAAUUUUCCUUCGCAAAAAGUCAAUCCAAUUGAUUUACUUUUAAUCGUAACAAUUAAAUUGUAUCUUUUUUAAUAACAUUAUUAUUACAUAAAUGAUAUAUAAUUUGUAGAUUCUUCAUUUACAGCAUCCUCAUCAUUUCCUUAUCCGGUUUAUAAUCAACACUAUAAUUGUGAUACAAUUGGCUAACCAUUUUCUCUGACUAUUUAGUUAAUUGUAACUCAUUUGAUUUGUUAAUGUUAAUCAACCGUUAUCUGAGUGGUCUUUGAUUAACAUCACUGGA